AUGUUGCCGAGCCAGGCCGGAGCCGGGAACGGCGCCGCCGCCGCGCUGGCCCGCGGCUCGGGACUGGGCCGGGCGCCGGUGCCGCGUGGGGCGAACGGCGGCGGGGCGGCGGCGGGGCCGCCCGGGGGCCGCCUGGAGCGGGAGGCGCUGUACAGCGGCAGCGAGGGCGACUCGGAGUCGGCCGAGGAGGAGGAGCUGGGCGGCGAGCGGCGCGGCGUGAAGCGGGGCCUGGCCGAGGCGGCGGCGGCUGCGGGGCCCGCGGCGGGAGCGGCGGCGGCCGCCUACAGCGGCGGCGGCGGGGGCGGCGGGGCCGUGAGCGGAGCCAAGCCGGGGAAGAAGACGCGGGGCCGGGUGAAGAUCAAGAUGGAGUUCAUCGACAACAAGCUGCGGCGCUACACCACCUUCAGCAAGAGGAAGACCGGCAUCAUGAAGAAGGCCUAUGAGCUCUCCACGCUGACUGGCACCCAAGUCCUGCUGCUGGUGGCCAGCGAGACGGGCCAUGUGUACACAUUUGCCACGCGGAAGCUGCAGCCUAUGAUCACCAGUGAGACGGGGAAGGCAUUGAUCCAAACGUGCCUCAACUCCCCAGACUCACCCCCGCGCUCGGACCCAACCACUGACCAGCGCAUGAGUGCCACGGGCUUCGAGGAGACGGACCUCACCUACCAGGUGUCCGAGUCGGACAGCAGUGGGGAGACCAAGGACGCACUGAAACCAGCGUUCACUGUCACCAACCUGCCGGGGACAACGUCCACCAUCCAGACAGCCCCCACCACCUCAACCUCUAUGCAGGUCAGCAGUGGCCCAUCAUUCCCCAUCACUAAUUACCUGGCGCCAGUGUCUGCCAGCAUCAGCCCCAAUGCAGUCACCAGUGCCAACGGGACAGUGCUGAAGACUACUGGAGCCAGUGCAGUGACAUCUGGGGGCCUCAUGCCGAUACCCGCCAGCUUCACCCUCAUGUCAGGUGCUUCCCUUUCUCCGGGGACCCCUACCAUUCCUCUCACUCAGUUACAGCCGCACUCCCUGGCUCUUUCCAGCCAGCAGGGCCAGGUGGUCACGGGUACGGCUGGACCGCUGCAGCAGGCACAACAGACAGUCUUCCGCUUCCCUGCCAGAGCUGGAGGGCAGAUCGUGUCGCUGACAGGUGGUACCAUGGCUCAGCAGGUCCCAGUCCAGGCGAUCCAGGUGCACCAGGCACCGCAGCAAACGUCUCCCUCUAGUGACAGCAGCACUGACCUUACCCAGACCUCUUCCAGCGGAACAGUGACCCUCCCAGCAACCAUCAUGACGUCGUCUGUGCCAACCACAGUGGGUGGCCACAUGAUGUACCCCAGCCCACACGCGGUGAUGUACGCGCCCACAUCUGGCCUUGCGGACGGCGGGCUUGCAGUCCUCAACGCGUUCUCACAGGCACCCUCAGCGAUGCAGGUGUCCCAUGGCCAGGUCCAGGAUCAGGGUGGCGUCCCCCAAGUGUUCCUGACAGCCCCAUCAGGCACCGUUCAGAUCCCAGUCUCAGCUGUCCAGCUUCACCAGAUGGCGGUCAUUGGGCAGCAGAGCAGCAGUGGCAGCAGCCUGACGGAGCUGCAGGUAGUAAACUUGGACACCUCACAUGGCGCCAAGAGUGAGUGACUGAGAGGCCUCUGCUGCCGGCCUUGUGCUGUCCCCUGGCUUGUGAUGCCAGUGCUGGGGCUGGUGGCAAUUCCUUCUCGUACAGACUGCACCAGUUAUUUAUUGUUGCCUUUUCACGUUUCCUUCAUCCACACGUGCACACACACACAAACACACACACAUGCACCCACACACACACACAUAGGGCACGCGCGUGGGGCUGCAGGACCCACCUGGGGUGGAGCUAUGCUGGGGCCAUGCAGGGCUUGGGGGCAUUAGGAUGCUGCAAUAGCUGUGCUUGUCUCACGCCAGCCAAAGAAACUUGUCUCUUGAGGGGAGGAUUGCUCUGUGCUGCAAAUAAAUACUGCGGGGCAUUCCCAGCUGGAGGCUUUGGCUCCUUCUGGGCAUUCCUAAGACACCUUGCCCGUGAGCAUUUGCUCUGCAUGGGGCUCAGAUCAAACCCAGAGCUGUCCUGCAGGUGUAGUUUGGAGCAGAGUGGGCCAAGGCUGUGCUGCUGGCCUCAGCAAUGUGCCUUUGUGGGGGUGAUGGGUCCUGGCUGCAGCAGCUUGCCCUGGGCUCUGGCCUAUGGCAGGGGGAUUGGAACUAGAUGAUCUUAAGGUCCUUUCCAACCCUAACUGUUCUAUGAUUCUAUGAUAAGGGAGAGUGGCCAGCUUGCAUGUGCAUCUCUGGUUGGGCCUGCAGCACAUGGCCCCAUCCUCCUCGUAUGCACUACGGUGAGCCCUCUGCCCUCAGUGCCUCCUUGCUGGGCUGCCUGGCAGACUUGCAGCCUGACUGGCUCUGCCUGGUGGCUGCCCUUGCACAGCUGAGGUGGUCAGUGGACACCCAGGGGCACCGUGAUGCCCGAGAGAGCUCCUGGGGGGCUCUGCGGCCAGCCCAGUCCCACACUCUCCUCUCAGCCCUCACACUGCUUGCGGACUCCGUACACCCAGGGAAAUGUGGUCAGGUCCUUCCCACAUCCUCCUGGAGCUCCAGCCAGCGCUUUCUAAACUCAUCUGAUGCAAGGUGGAGAAACAACUCAAGUGUCAAAGGGAAGAGCCCAUGGGGCACUGAGCUGCUGGGCACGUGGCAGGCUCUUCCUCUCAACACCAGGGUGGCCUGCAGGCCAUUCUGCGCUGCGAAGGGGCAGCUGCCAUGGCUGUGUGGGCUCAGCAAGGCUGGGGGAGAAGGGCUGGAGCAUGCAUGGUCCUGCAUGGGAGUUGCUGUGAAUGGCUCUGCUACCUAGCCCUGUCCCUGGAGGGAAGUGAGCAAGUGAGAGAAGCUGCUGAACCCUUAAGGGAAGAAGCAGCUACUGUAACUUUUUUUUUGUUUUUUUUUAAGUUAAAGACAAAAGAAGCCUUGGAGAAAAAAAAAAAGAAAAAAAAAAAGAAAAUUACUUUAUUUUUCUAAGUGUUAAACUCAGUAUUUAUGUAAUUCUUUGAGGAAUAAAAGUUUGGCUCCUGUACAGUUUUCAUGGGGUUUGUACCAGGGGGAUGGGAGAGGGGUGGGGGGCAUGGAGGCAGGAAAGGGGCCUUGCUUUUGAGUUUGUAUUGUAACCUUGGACAUGUUCCCUCAGCAUUAGCGUUUAAGCUGCGCUCUUCACCCACCAGCAUGUGCCAGGGAUCAAGCUUCACCCAGUGGGAUGCUUGUUUCCCACUUUAGCUGUACUGAGGACUCCAUACCCAUCAUUUUGGGCUGAACGGGCAGAAGGCAAGUUGAAGUGGCUAGCCUCCAAGUGGGAAACCCAUCCCUUGGGAGCAAGGGGCUUGCAGUGUGCCCAACAGCUGGAGAUGGGCUGGGUUUUCUUAUGACUGUCCUGUUCACCUCUAGUCCUGGGACCUGCAGCUGCUCUGACACUGCUCUUAGUGUGGAGCAGUGCUUCCUGUGACUGCCUAAGGGAUGUGGGCAUCCCCCCUCCUCCCUAGGAGGUGAGUGGCCAGCAGUGGCUGAUCACUGCUCGCCCUGCUCACUAUGCAGGUAGAAACUCCUAGCUGACGAUCUGGGCUGCAGUUCCUCCUAUAUAUCUGUUCCUUAGUGCACAGAUGUAGACAGGUCCCACCUAAGCGCUCUCUGCAAAGAGCCCUUGGUCUGUUAUGCAGCCUGGAAAGGGCUUGUGGGGAGUGGAGUGGCCCCUCUAGUGAGAGUUACAUUUUGUGCUGCCUCCCCCUGUAUCCUUGCUCUAAGAGUGAUGUAUACCCUGCAGCUUGGAGCAUGUGGGAAUGCUGUGCCAUACCCCAUUGCUAGGUCUAUGAAAGCUGCUCAUUGAUGCUUCCAAAACAAGGCUGGGUAGCUAGGUAGCAACCAGGGAGGAGGAUGGGGUUGGGGUUCACAUUACCCUUUGCCCCAGCACAUUGCUGUGGCCUGGCUUCACUCCGCUUUGCUUGUGCUAGUGCUGCAGAGCAGAGCGGUUGGGCUGGGAUGGCAGGAGUGCCCCUGCUGCUCCAGGGUGUUUGGCUGCAUCCCCUCCCUGGUUCCCCAAAGGCAACUGCUGGUUAAACGCUAAUGGUGUAUUUUAUUUAAGUACCGACUUGUAAGAACACUUGUGUAUCAGGGAUGAAACGGCAUUUAUUGUGUGGUGACAUUUUAGUUCAUUUUACUGGUUUGAGGGUUGUGUGUGUGUGCGUGUGUGUGUGUGCGCGUGUGUACGCAUAAGUGUGUGUGGGAUUUUUUUUUCCCCUCCAGUUUCCAGGGUUGUGUUUCUGGAAGGAUGUGGAAGUAAUCACAGUACUAUGUACAGAGCUUUCUUUUGUAUUAAAAACAAAAAAAUACUCUUUCAAUAAAUGUUAUCAUUUUGUGCACAGA